AUGCCUACCAUUCCACACACACUAGAGUCAACAAUCACACAAACACCCACAAUGCACGACGCUACAAGCCUGCUCAAGCGGAGUAGCAUGAGCAACCCCGACAAAUACCCCCUCUACAUCUUCCUCAUCAUCGCCGGCUGCGUUGUAGGCGGGCUCAUCGGCUUCAGUAUAUACACUAUGUUCUACGACCUUGAGGACUCACAAAAGGUCAAGGACCCAUCUAACGAGCAACGAAAAUACUUUCGCGAGGUCAGACAGCGGAACUUGAACAUGUUGGCUAUUGAGGCAAGGAGACCUGAUAUGAUUGUUCCUAUCAGGGAAUUGGAUGCUUGA